GGCAGCGCGUGGGGCGGCGCGUGUUGACAGCGGCGGCGGUGGCGGCGGCGGCGGAGCCGGGCGGCGGCGGGAGUCGGCGCCCCUGGUUCCUGCCCCUGGUGUCGAGGUGGUGGCGGACGGGUGUCCGGGGAUGGCCUUCAUGGAGAAGCCGCCGGCCGGCAAGGUGCUGCUGGACGACACGGUGCCGCUGACAGCAGCCAUAGAGGCGAGCCAGAGCCUGCAGUCCCACACGGAGUACAUCAUUCGGGUGCAAAGAGGAAUUUCUGUAGAAAACAGUUGGCAGAUCGUUAGGAGAUACAGUGACUUUGAUUUGCUGAACAACAGCUUGCAGAUUGCAGGCCUCAGUCUACCUCUUCCUCCCAAAAAAUUGAUUGGUAACAUGGAUCGUGAAUUCAUAGCUGAGAGGCAGAAAGGUCUUCAGAACUAUCUCAACGUUAUCACCACAAAUCAUAUCUUGUCUAAUUGUGAGCUGGUUAAGAAGUUUUUAGACCCAAACAACUAUUCUGCAAACUACACUGAGAUUGCCUUACAGCAAGUUUCCAUGUUCUUCCGGUCAGAACCAAAGUGGGAGGUGGUAGAACCAUUGAAAGACAUAGGUUGGAGGAUAAGGAAGAAAUAUUUCUUGAUGAAAAUUAAAAAUCAGCCAAAGGAACGGCUAGUGUUAAGCUGGGCUGACCUUGGUCCCGACAAGUAUCUGUCAGAUAAAGAUUUUCAGUGUCUAAUCAAACUUCUGCCUUCCUGUUUGCACCCUUAUAUCUAUCGGGUCACCUUUGCCACAGCUAAUGAAUCCUCUGCAUUGCUUAUUAGGAUGUUUAAUGACAAAGGAACUUUGAAGGACCUGAUCUACAAGGCAAAACCAAAAGACCCAUUCCUAAAGAAGUACUGCAACCCUAAGAAGAUUCAGGGCCUUGAACUCCAGCAAAUAAAAACAUACGGGCGGCAAAUAUUGGAGGUACUAAAGUUUCUACAUGACAAGGGAUUCCCUUACGGGCAUCUUCAUGCCUCCAAUGUGAUGCUAGAUGGUGACACUUGCCGGCUGCUAGACCUUGAGAAUUCCUUAUUGGGCCUUCCUUCCUUCUACAGAUCCUAUUUCUCACAAUUCAGGAAAAUCAACACAUUGGAAAGCGUGGACGUCCACUGCUUUGGCCACUUACUGUAUGAAAUGACUUAUGGACGACCGCCAGACUCAGUGCCUGUAGAUUCCUUCCCUCCAGCACCGUCUAUGGCUGUGGUGGCCGUGUUGGAGUCUACGCUGUCUUGUGAAGCCUGUAAAAAUGGCAUGCCUACCGUCUCCCGGCUCUUACAGAUGCCAUUAUUCAGUGAUGUUUUACUAACCACUUCUGAAAAGCCACAGUUUAAGAUCCCCACAAAGUUAAAAGAGGCAUUGAGAAUUGCCAAAGAAUGUAUAGAAAAAAGACUAAUUGAAGAACAGAAACAGAUUUACCAGCAUCGAAGACUGACAAGAGCUCAGUCUCACCAUGGAUCUGAAGAAGAAAGGAAAAAGAGAAAGAUUUUAGCUCGAAAGAAGUCAAAACGAUCUGCUGUUGAAAAUAGUGAAGAGCAUUCAGCAAAAUACAGCAACUCCAAUAAUUCAGCAGGAUCUGGGGCCAGCUCACCUCUCACAUCCCCGUCGUCACCAACUCCACCCUCUACGGCAGGGACGGCCGCUUUACCUCCUCCACCUCCGCCUCCGCCUCCACCUCCACCACCAGCAGCUCCCUUGCUUCCUGCGAGCCCAGAGGUGCCUACACAGCUCCCGCCCCAGGCUGUGAACGGUGUGAGCCGCGGGGCCUUACUCAGCUCCAUCCAGAAUUUCCAAAAGGGAACCUUGAGGAAAGCCGAAACCUGUGAUCAUAGUGCUCCUAAGAUCGGCUAAAGCUUCGUGUUUACACUUGGAGGGAAAAGUUCUUUGUUUUUUCCUCCCACCUCCAAUCCCUGAAGUACUCUCUUUCCAGAUGAAUGAUUGCUGAGCCAGGACAGCCGCAGACUCUUUUGCAGAUGCUCAGGCAAGAGGCUUCUCAAGAGGGAAAUAGUCAAUUAGAAUAAGGUCAGGCUGGCAUUUCUGCCUUAAGAAAUAUUUAUUUUGCUCCUUUAUUACCAUUUUAAAGGAGUCUGGUUCAUCCUCUAAGGGGCUUCUUUUGGGGACAGCAGCAUAUUGGGAGUCAACCUUGUCACCAACUGAAGGAAACGCACAGAAAAACAGUGACAAUGUUCAGUCACAGCAGCGAAUGACCUUUGGGUUGCAAUCCCGCCUAUCCUGUCAGACAGCUCCCAGAAAUGUUCCUCUCAUUUCUCUAUAAAGCAUUUUCUGGUUAUUCGAUAACUCCCAUUUUUGCUACCUAAUUUUGUCUUGGACAUUAUUAACACUGUAGUCCAAAGCAUAGUUAUGUCGCGGAGUGAGAGAAGUAACUGAGUUCUUCCUUUUCCAUUCAGAUAGACAGGGGCAAGUCAAGUCCGGAACCUUCUAUAGGUUCUAACAGGAAUACCAUUGUGGUUAUAGAACUCAGGGCUGUGAAAGCAACCACUCUAGACUCCUAGUUCCUUUUAGUUAGUGUAUUGGACAGACAUAAAAUGUAAACAUCAGGAAAAGCUCUUGCCGAUCAGAGGAUCUCCUUAAUCCUCAGCAAUAAAGUCAAGUUUGUGGUUUGUGGGGAGUUAUUACAACACAAGUAAAUCUGGCAUCCAUAGAAAUCAAUUCUGAUUUUUGAAAGAUUUAUCCAAAUAUAUCUUUUUAAUGUUACUCAUUUAUUAGAUCCUUUAUCCUAUGAUUUGCUUAAACCUUAAAUAAAUUGCACUUUAAAGGAUUAUCAGUAAUCCAUUUAAAAAUUCAAGUACACACAUCAGUGUUGGUUACUAUGCAGAGAGAAUGUCAUUGUGUAUAGUUUCAUUUAAUCUGUGAUAAAUGUUCAGCUGUAUUUUUUAUUAAAAUAAACCAUGUCAAGAAAAUGUGUUGUCUGUAGCUUGGCUAGGCCUUUGAAGUGGGCAUUUUUUGUGGGAACUUUUAUAAAGAAUAGAUCCACAGAGUAUUUCUUUUGUGUCUUUUCUCUCUUAAUUACUAAAAGCAACAAUCCUGUCUUGCUAUUUAAAUUAGGCACCCCUUGUUUGCUUCUAUAACUAAUUUAAACCUGUCUUUUCUGUCUCAACCUCUAAAGAAGGCGGCAUAUAGCAGAAUGUCUAUUUUUCGGCAAUGGGAAAAAUACCUGACAUGAAUUUUGGUUUAAUUUGGAAGGGAACCCUAUUACAAUUGGGCAUUUGAAAAGUCUGUGGACAAGUUCCUCUUACAAGUGUGAUGGCAAUUUAGGUGAUUUAGUGUCACUAAUUUCUUAACAGAAAUUCUUAGCAGAAUUUUAAGACCUCCAUCCAUCCCACGUUUAUUACCUCAAGAAUAUAAAAAUAUAGUUAGGGGCGCCU